CAACGAAGCUCCACGUCACCUGUAUUGCGCCUCGAAGACUGUUGUGCGACCCAUCUUGCAUGGAAUCCAGAACGAACACUGUGGAUAGACAUUCACACCAGUCUUGCGCACCCAUAAAGCCUACAUCAGUCCUACGAGUUUCUGGUAUUCACAAACACCAACAUUGAACGCGCCAGAGAGUACUAAACAUCAUGUGCCGGUGGUUCGCAUACAUUUCACCAACGGAGCCGUGCCUGCUCUCCGACGUCCUCAUCACACCAGACAACAGCAUCAGCAAGCAAUGCUCUGAGCACUAUCUCCCGAAAUUACUGCCACACAACGAGGAAAAGGAUCUGGAUGACUCUCCAGAUGAGCUGAUGCGUAUGCGCAACUCUUUACUGAACAUGGACGGGCUUGGCAUUGCUUGGUACACCACAGCAAGCUCUUCCUACGUUAAGCACGUCAUGGGCCCCCGCCCCGCGCUCUACAAGUCCCAAUCCCCACCCAUCAACGACUUCAACUUCAAGUCGCUGUGCCACAACACGGAAUCGCAAUGCGUCUUCGCUCACAUCCGCGCGACCAGUGGCUCCGUCGUAACGCAAGUAAACAGCCACCCCUUCGUCUUCGGCCGCCACGUCUUCAUGCACAACGGCGUCAUCUCGAACUUCUCGUCGAUCCGCCGUGAAAUGACCUCACUCCUCUCCUUCGACGCCUACUGCAACGUACUCGGCAGCACAGACUCUGAACACGCCGCCGCCCUCUACAUGACCAACCUGACCAACAGCGCCGGCAAAGAAUCCUGGGAGAAAGCCUAUCCUCUCAAAAAGAUGCUCGAAGCCAUGCAGAAAACCGUCGUUCAGAUCCUCACUUUGCAAAAACGCACACUGGGAGAAGCUAACACCCCCAACUCCCUCAAUUUCUGCACUACCGACGGAACGAAGAUGCUUGCGAUCCGCUUCCGCAAUCACGUCUCGCAGCAGCCGCCCAGUCUGUAUUGGUCUGAGUUUGCGGGUCGCACGCUCAAUACGAAGUUCCCUGGCGACCCGGAUAGUAAGGAUGGCGGGAGUGCGGGUGCGGGAGGCGAGAUUGGCGAAGCCGGUGCGAUGGGUAAGCAUACGAUUAUCGCGUCGGAACCUACAACGUAUGAUGAGAAGGAGUGGAAUUUGAUCAAGAGAAAUUGCGCGUUGAUGGUCGAUGAAGAUGGGAUAGAAAAGGAGGUGCAGAUUGAGUAUGACGAUGGGUUGAAUGCGAGGGAUCCGAAGUUUGAUGGCCCUUCUGACGCGGCGGGUGGGAAGUAGAUGGAUGCUAGUGGUGGUGGAUCGUUGGCUCGAGAGACACAUAGGAUACGCAGUUCAUGUUGAUUGGCUGAUAAAGUCUGGAUGCUCUCAAUCUCAUGGGCCUUAUGUGACUUCUCUUCUGCCUAAAAUCACUUCUAGCGACAAGCAUACAGUGGCUUCUUCUUUCAAAACGCGCCCGCCGCCCUUCACAUAGUU